GAGAAACAAUUUCGGAAAACGUGUCCCAGGUGUCGAAGGGUGAACGGCAGGAUGAAUCUCGAGAAGGUGGCAACAAUCCGAAAAAUCCGUCCAUGAUAGUUGAAAUGAUCGCAAAUAAAUUAGAUCGAGUAAUAUGGGGUGUAGAGAUCGAUGGAACUGUUAUUGAGGACGCUAAGGAUGAUAUGUUAAGCAUUUGUCUAUUCCUUAAUUUUAUAAUUAAUUCCUUUCUCCUAGAUUCUCAAAAUGAACUGACAAACCCGCAACAAAAACAAUUGAUGUUCACCCUGUUGCAAAGAAGAAAAGAAUUAAAAAAAAAGAACUCAAUAAAGGAACAACAUUGA